AUGAGUGCAUCAUGUUUUGUUAAUGUUCCACUAGAAACAAUAGGAAUUCAUCCAGAGAAUAAUAAUUUCAAAAUUGAUGGAUUAUCUAUAUUUAGCGGAAUCAAUAACAACACAUUAGUAUAUGUGUCGAAGCAAUUCACCGGAGAAUAUAUUGUUCCGAGCUUUGUGACUAAGAUUGGAAAUCAAGCCUUCAGAAAUGGUCAGAUCACGAGAGUUAUAAUUCACAGUGAAGUUACUUCCAUAGGUUCAUGGUGUUUCGGAGCAUCAAAUCUUGUUGAUAUUGUUCUUCCUGAAAAAGUUGUGAUAUUAGCUUCAAGUAUUUUUUAUAAUUGUCUGAAAUUACAAAGCGUGAAAUUUUCCAGUUCUCUGACAAAUAUAUCUGCAAGUGCUUUCUAUGGAUGCAGUUCUCUGACAAGUAUCGUAUUCCCUCCAACACUGGUCGGAAUUGGUGAGUCUGCGUUCUAUGGUUGUACAAAUAUCGAUAUCGAUUCAAGUCAAAAUACAAACUUCUAUUAUGGCAAUCAGAUGCUUCUCACCAAUCAAAAGACAACAAUCUCAGAGUUCUUUGGUGAUGAUUCUAAUCUUGAAAUCACAGCACCUGUUGGAACGACGACUAUCGGUUCUCGUACAUUCAUGAGCAAGCAUCUCAAGACUAUCCAGUUCCAAGGCAACACACUUACUCGUGUUGGUGACUCAUGUUUUGCAUCAUCUACACUUCAAAGCAUCUCAUUCCCCGACAGUUUGACAACACUCGGUACUAGCUGUUUCGAAAACUGCCAAUCUCUUAGUAGUGUUUCAUUCAGCAACACAUGUCCAAUCACCGAAAUUCCCGAGAAGUGUUUUUACAACUGCAAGAAUCUUCAAAUCUUGACAUUACCAACAUCCAUCACAACUUUGCGCUCUAAUGCAUUCUUCAACUGCAUCCAAAUCGGCGACAUCGGUCUUAGCAACACACAUGUUUCUUUGAUUGAAAACUUCUGUUUCAUGAACUCAGGUAUUACAUCUCUCUCUACUCCAACGAGUCUUGUUCUCGGCUAUGGCAGUUUCAACAACAGCAACAUUGCAGAAGUCAACAUCAAAUGCGAGACCAUCCCCGAAGAUUGCUUCAAGAACUGCAGCUCACUUUCAUCUCUUACACUGAAUGAAGGUCUCACCGAAAUCUCAGACUCAUCAUUCCGCUCAUGCAUUUCUUUGACAUCAUUCACUAUUCCAUCUAGUUUGAAGAAGAUUCGCUUCUAUGCAUUCAUGUCAUGCUCUUCUCUCAAGACUGUCAGUCUUUCUCUUCACAGCUCCAUUAGCGAGAUCAACGGCGGCACAUUUGCAGACUGUCCUCUUUUGCAGUCUAUCAAGCUCGAUCCAUCCGACACGGAUUUCAAGUUCAACAACGGUGCACUCACAUACUACAACGAGACUAAGAUCAUCACAUUCAUCCCUAGCAGCAACAUCCAGACAUUUGUUUUUCCAUCUUCUAUGGAGAGCAUCGGCUCAUGUUCAUUCUACAACUGCAUCAACCUUGUUCGUGUUAUCUUCAGCGGCAGCAGGAUCAACACCAUUGACUACAUGGCAUUCUAUGGCUGCACCAAACUUUCAUAUAUCUUCCUUGGCACUAACACACAUGUCACAACUAUUGGCUCCAAUGCAUUUGAAGGCUGCUCUCUUCUGAACAGGUGUGGUUCUAUCACAUGUCCAUCUUCAACAAUCCCUUUAUUUGUAGAACACAACAUCUCUAAAAGAUCAUUUCGAACAGACUGUGACAUUUUCUGUGAAUCACUUAGCAACACAAGAUCAACUUUCAUUUCCACAAUAACCCUAAUAACUCCUUUCAUACUUAUGUAA